AUGGAGAAACCGACGAUGCAUAUGCUCUCCGUCCAGGAGAAGGGCGGAGAGACGAGGAAAGCCAACCAGUAUAUAGCUGCAGUUGCAGCGGCCAUCGGCGCAGUGGCAGCAGGCACUAUCCUCGCUUGGACUUCACCUGCCAACCCUCAACUGAGUCCACUAGAAUUGACCAACAAAACUCUGAAUGAUACAGAAGUUAAUGUCGUGGACAAUGUUGACAAUAACAACACCGUGCUUAUCAACUCUCUGGGACAACCAGCUGCCUUCCUUCUGAGUACCACUGAAAUGUCCCUGGUAUCUUCUAUUCUGGCUAUCGGAGCAGCUUUAGCCGCUCUACCAGUUGGUGUGCUGACGCAGAAGAUCGGUAGACGGCCUACUAUCCUCAUCUUGGCCAUACCAUUCACCAUUAAUUGGCUAUUGACCAUAUUUGCCAAUGGUGCUGGAAUGCUGAUCGCUGCAAGAUUUUUCGCUGGAUUGGGCACUGGUGGUAUCUGUGUAGCUGCUCCAAUGUACAUCGGUGAAAUUGCCGAGACUUCCAUUCGAGGGUCCCUAGGGGCGUUUUUCCAACUUUUCCUGACUGUAGGAAUUCUGUUCACGUAUGUUGUUGGCGGCUGGACACACUGGAAGAUCUUAUCCAUCAUCUGUGCUGUUCUACCACCACUAUUGGUCGUCGUGUUCUGGUGGAUGCCUGAAACUCCACAAUACCUCUUGAGUAAGAACCGCAGACGUGAUGCUGAAAACUCCCUGAGAUGGCUACGAGGACCAGACGCAGACCUUACAGCUGAACUUGAGGAUAUGCAGAAAGAUGUAGAUGACGCAGCCCGUCAGAGCGCUGGCAUCCUCAGCAUGUUGACCAACCGCGGUCCUCUCAUGGCCCUCAUCAUCGGCCUCGGUCUCAUGCUCUUCCAGCAGUUCAGUGGUAUCAACGCCGUCAUCUUCUAUACCAACGACAUUUUCCACUCCGCUGGUUCAAAUAUCCCUCCAGUCAUAGCCACGAUUAUCGUUGGUGUCGUCCAAACGAUUGCUACUUACAUUUCCUCUAUCCUGGUGGAUAAGGCUGGACGGAGAAUUCUCCUCCUCCAAAGCUGUGUCGUCAUGGGAAUUUGUCUUAUCAUCCUAGGAAUUUACUUCAAGCUGCAAUUCGAUGGAUAUCAGGUUGCCUCUUUGGGCUGGCUUCCUUUACUUUGCAUGGUGUUGUUCAUAAUCUCAUUCUCUAUGGGUUUGGGGCCAAUACCUUGGAUGAUGAUGUCCGAGUUAUACCCGGUUGAAUUCAGAGGUGGGGCGACAGGAUUCACUGUUAUUGUGAACUGGGUUUUAGUGUUUAUAGUGACACUAUGCUUUCCUAUAAUGAAAACUGCUAUAGGUAUUUACAGUUGUUUCUGGUUCUUUGCUGCUUUCAUGCUUUUGUGUGUCUUUUUCGUCUUUUUCUUGAUUCCCGAGACUAAAGGUAAGACAGUGUCACAAAUCCAAGCCAUAUUGGCGGGAAAAAUUUGA